GGGUCCGAAUCUCGAUGUUCAACUUCGUUGCCCAUCAUGAUGACGGGAGGCAAGUGCCCGAUGCAUGAGCCUGCUUGAUGAAAAGAUGGGCCGAUGCUCCUUGUCACGCCCUUCACUCUUCUUUCCUUUCUUUUGCUUGUCUUGUUCGCUUUCGUUCAGAUAACAGAACCAAUUGCUCGCUCAACUUCAGAUUAUUCUGGAUGCUCGAACAACUGCAGCCGGUCACUGCAUAGUAAUACAGAGAUGCAGAGACUGCAGCAGCCUGCCCUGACAUGCCCAAAGGGGCCUCCAUCGGUUGUUCAAAGAGCAUGGAAUCUGCGUUUUCAGCUUGGAAAGUGUGAAGAGCUCUUCUUUCUCGUUUGGGCGGCUAAGGUAUCCGUAGAUGGUUUCAUGUUGUCGAAUGGGCGGGUUGUUGGGUCGAACGGAGCCACGAAGCUCGACUCUGUGUGGCUGCCCAAUGUGGUGUUUCGUAGACUAAGGCUCCUGCCAAGUGCGAUUGAACAAACGAUUCCAGAUUCCCGCUGCGCCUCUAUUGCUGCUCCGAGAGUCGGGAAGCCAACACGCACAUCUGCAGUGCUGCACCUGCCAAAUCGCGGUCGGGCAGCGUAAUCGUAGAACCAUUUCGCGGCUAUCAGCCAUCCUAAUCAUCCCCGGCCUGCGUCUGUUAGCCUAGCACAUGGCAAG